AUGUUGCAAGAGCCAACUAAUACAGAUCGUAUUAGCGGAAGUGAUUAUUAUGAUCGAAUGAAAAUAGAAGGUGAGUUCUUUACGACUACACAGAAGCACAUGCUUGACAGUGAAGUCAAGCGACGAAUUGAGAAAAUUCAAAGAGAGAAAGAGCAGGCAUUGAAUUCGCGCCGAGAACGACUGUUUUCACUGCUCCGUCAAGAAGAGCGAACCAAUCAAGAGCUCGGUCGUUGNCGUUGUGAGUUGGAGCGUGGGCGGCUGAGGCGUCGCGAACAGUUGAUAGAAGAGGCUGCUCGACUGAAAGAAAGGCUUUGGAGAAAAGAAAGUGAGAUCUCCAAUGCCAAAAAUCAGCUGCGAUUUAUAAAGUCUAGUGUUGCGUUGAGAGAACGCCGCAUGGAUCAGCAUUUGAAGGCGAUUGGAGAAGAUCGAAAAGAAAUUGCAAAAAUAAAGAAUUGGGACAAGUUACGGCAAAGUGAAGAGGAUAAUAUUUUAGAACGCCAAAAAUCCUUCUUUGACGAACAAUUGGAAAGGGAAGAAGCUGAAAUUCAGAAAACAAGAAAACAUGCAAAUGAAGAAACGGCAAAGUGUUAUUCGGACUUUUUAAAACAACAAAAGUACGAUAGGAAAGAGAAAAAAGAGAAAUGUUCUACAGAAGAAAAACCAUAUGAACCACCAAAAAAUGAAUCUGUGAUCGACAAUAAAGGCGAUGAAGUGCAAAGAACUUUGAAGAACGAAAUGUUGCAAGAUCAAUGGAAAGAUCUGGAAGCAGUCAGAAAAAAUAGGCAAGCAGAGGAAAAAAUGAGAAAAUACGUUGAGAUGUUUUGCCAUAAAAUGGCCGUCGAGAGUACUGGAGACGAAUGUCCAAAGAAGGAGGAUCUUAGGAACGAACAAGUACUCUUUAUGCAGUAUCAGAAACAGAUGGCAGAAAAUGAAUUGAAAUACGACAGAUGUCUCGAUCAACUGUAUUCCGAUAUAGACGCCAAGAAACGCAUGAUCGAAAGAGCACAGAAAGCAAAGGAACGGGAAAAAUACGAAAAGACCACGAAGGAAAUCGCGGACUUUCAUAGAACAGUGGAGCUUCGGAAAAGGGAAGAAAAAGCUACGGAAAAACAGCAACGAGUGGAAAUCGCCCAACGAAUCAAAGAAAAACUGAAACGAGAAGAAGAAUUAUUGGCUAAAGAACAAAGGGAACUUCGUGAAAAAAUGAUGCAAUAUGCGGCUGAACUUGCUGGACAAAAAAAAUAUGAUCACCUCGUUCAUGAUCAAUCAAAAUAUUUGGAAUUAGAGAGGGAACGACAGGCUAUGGCGCAAUCGGAAUUGGAAUAUCAAAAGCGAAUGAGAGAUGCCAUGCUGCAUGAACCACUCACUCAAAANAAAUAUUCACCCUUGGCGUUGCAGCUCCACCAAAGAUUAGUGCGCUUGCGUGGUUAA